AUGAAGCAAGGUGCCCUGUCUUUAGGCAUUCUCGGGACCUAUGUCUUCUUCGGAACGAUCGUCUCCUCAUCUCCAAGUCCUCCUGUCAGCCCGCCAACGAAGCCAUUUCCAAGGAAGGACCUUGAACGCUGUGACUGCUUCACGGUGUCAGGUCCCGACCCCGGCUACUUCCAACACUACAAGCUCUGGGACUUUCGUGCCGUUCCUCUUGGUUCCAGCCCAGGUCAAUUAAGCGACGCUGACGAUGAAGCCGAUAAGGAUGACUUGAGUUCCCCUGGAUGGGACAAAGGACAUGACAGCAAAGGCCACGAUGGAAACAAGCAAGAAAUUCAUCUUGAUACCCUUUGGUUCUUUGAUUCUCCUUUCAACGAGGACUGGAAGAUUCAGCAAUGGGAGCGUCCUCGCAGCUCCAACGCCCCGGUAGACAUGAUCAACUCCAAGCGUAAUGUCUUUAUCACCAAGAACCGUGGACAACGAGACCCUCAUGCAACAUUUCUCGUCCUUCGUACCAUCCGCCAUGACAACUACAGCUCCACUGCGGAAAUUGAGACUCGAAUGCGAAAUAUCUACCGCUGUUCCAUACGAGUCAGAUUCCGCAUUCUGCCUACCGAUGUGCCGGUUCUAUAUCCAAUGGAGUCGCCGUUGCAUCAGCCACGGAAUUCUAUCUCACCCUCGAAGAACAGCACGGUCCCAGGCAACUUGACAGCCCCAGUCGAAGCUGGCAAACCUCCAUCAGGUGCAUGUGUUGGUAUCUUCACUUAUCGGCCUCCAAACUGCGAAUCAGACAUCGAGAUCCUGACAAGUGAUCCUUCAUAUCGCGUGCGCUAUGCAAACCAGCCAGACUACGAUCCCGAGACCGAUGGGAUGAUCCCCGGAGCUAGCACAGUUGCAGAUCUGGAUGUCCCAUGGACAAACUGGUCAACUCACAGAUUGGAUUGGCUCUCUGAAGUAUCGCGCUGGUGGGUGAACGACAAGCCACAGGAAGCCAAGACAUACCGCGUCCCCAAUAUGGAAAGCAGACUGGUCAUCAAUCUCUGGAGUGAUGGAGGCGCUUGGACUGGAGACAUGAGACUUGGUGACAGCAUAUACCUGGGGAUUGAAUAUAUUGAGAUGGCUUACAAUCGAUCCUCCGAUGGCUCCAAAUAUAUCCCUUCUUCGCAACAACAUGGUGGCCACCGGCAGUCUCUUUUAAAUGUGGCCACCUCUGAGUUUGCGUACAUCUGGGAAGAGUCCUGGAUGCCGGAGAUCGACCCCUUGACUGGACUGAAAAAGAAAAAGAAGCAGGGCAAAUGCAAAAAAGGGAAGAAAGGCCGGAAGUGCCGGAAGAAGCAACACCCCCAGAAACCUGAGAAGCCGAUAGAGUCUCAUUGCAAUCGUGUUUGUAACAUUGAUGAACUACAUCUUGGCAGUCGUGGCGUAGGUGGUUGA